AUGACUACGACACAUUGUUUCAAUGUGCACUCGCAUCUCGACAGUUGGCAGAGCUUGCGCUGUCGAGGAUAUACCAGGAAACUAGACAACUCUGGAGAUAAGAGGCUUAUUAUAAGAGCUAUUUGGCUAAUGUUGACGGAUAGGUUGGAUUCCAUAUCUGCUGGAACGUCCAGAGGACUAGAAAGGGACAGCCGUCUGUGUCUUUACAUACGCUAUCUUGAUCUGUACGAUUUGGAUGAACUGGUGCGAGAUGAUGAAUUCAAGACAUCUUUUCAAGAGGAAUUCUUCUCUGGCAAGCUUGGGACCAUGUUAUUAUCCGGUAAUGAAAGUGAGCCACAACUGUCACCAGAGGAGGAGGUUCCUUUUUCACAGUGGGUCUGUGAGAGAGCUGGAUCCGUGUCCUCAACGACUCUUAAGGAAUGGAUGUGUCACUUGCCCUGCCUUGAGGCAUUAUGGUUACAGUCCGGCAAGUCUCUCGAUCAGAGCGUUGAAGAAAACAUUAAUCAAUACUGUCCACAAUUCAAGAAGCUUGUGGUGUAUAAAUGGAAAGAUGUAACUGAGGGCUCUGCAGAAAGGGACUCGGAACGUUUCUUGAAAGGACUUCGCCUAAACACAUUAGAGUAUUUCGAGAUUAUCGAUUGGGCAGAGUUUGGGCCUGCUUCCAUGGUCGCCCUCAGCUCCCACUUUGGUUCCCUUGUGGAACUGAGGUUGAAAAACUUUUGGCUGGAGCUCGUUCGGCAACUUUCACUGCUGGAUCCACCUGAGAAGCUGGAAGUCCUCACAAUUUAUGAAUCUUAUGGAGAGGAUGAUGAGCUCGCUUCUGAUUUUGGUCGAUGGAUCGGCGCAUGCAAGAGUCUGCGACGUUUGGAGAUCCACGUGUUCUUGAAUGAGCCGUUGGUGCUUGCCAACGCUCUGAAUAACACAGAGCUGUCCUUGGAGGCCCUUAUCGUACCGGACUAUGUUGACUCUUGCACAGUCGAGGAAAUCGAAGCGUUUCACGAAGCUCUCGCAUCUCAGCGCAGUUUGAGAGAGCUCAAUAUCAACGUCGACGUGUUCGAGGUCCCCGACAGGCCUGUGAACCCGGCCACACUUCUUCGAUCCCUGCAACAGUUAACCGAGCUGCGGAACCUCGAUAUCCAAUGUGUAUCCCAAGAAUUCACUCAGGAUCAGGUUGUGACGUUAGUCUCUUGCCUGCCUCAUCUUGAGCGACUAGCGAUAGGCGGCACUGGAUUCAACGACAGCGUCUGGAAGGCACUACUAUGCCUUUCCAAUCUGCGCUAUCUCAAGAUAGCUGCUAGAAGAAAUCGUUUCACCGCUCAAGGAAUCCUCGAUUUCAUUCGCGGAUUGGAGCCUCAGAAUCGAAGAUUCCACCUCGAACUUGGAUAUACUCGAACAGAAGGCAACAUCACAGAAGAGGAUCAAGUCACCAUUCGAGAGGAGUUGUCGCGCCGUUUAGAUGGGAGUUUCAAGACUUGGUAA